AUGCCGCUGUUCUCCCGGUCCUCGUCUCGGGCCGGAAGCGGCAAGUCCAAGUCGCACCGCUUCUCGCUGCGCAAGCACCACCGCCACCUCUCGGACGCCGACGCCGACUCGGUCUCGAGCAUUAGCAGCAGCCGCAGCAGCAGCACCAGCCACUCGGACAGGAAGCCGCGCCGCCAGACGCAGCCCACGACCACGCGCGAGCCCGAGCAGACCAUCGUCGUGCCGCGCGCCACCAAGGCCAAGUCGCUGCAGACGCAGCCGUCCACGCUCUCGUCCUCCGUCCGGUCCUCGGUCUCCACGCUCCGCAGCAGCACCAGCCCCGAGAACCUGUCGGGCGGCGAGAACGACACGGAGCUCUCGGAGCUCUCGGAGGACUCCGAGGCCAGAGACUCGGUGAACACGCCCCCGCAGAGCCGCGCCCCGAGCACGCGCAACAGCCGACACAGCGCCUCGUCGCGCAACAACCGCAACAGCCUCGCAGAGUACCGCCAGCUCCAAUGCUCCAUGUCGUACAAGAACCGCGUCAACAGCGACGCAUACCGAGGCAACAGCUCCAGCUCCAGCGACUCGCGGAUGAGCGACCGCAUGAGCGACAUGCGCACGUCCUUGGUAGAUGGAUUCCGCACUACGAACUCGUCGGUGCGCUCGUCUGAAGGCCACAGUCUGCUCAACGCGCGGAUAUCCGAGUCGUCCACGGCGAUUACGCCUGCAGUUCCGGCGGUGCCGGAGACCGCGCCGCUCCCACCAGCCCCAGCAGCUCCUUCUGCGGCCGCCCGGUUCUCUGAGGCCUCGAACUCGUCGGCCACCUCGAGAAUGACGGAGGCCAAUGUAGCGGCGCUGCAGACGCGCCGCGCGUUCCAGCAAAUGGUCUUGGCCAUGGAGGACGAGGAUUCAGGUGACGAGUACGAGUCGGACAGCGACGCGUGGAGAACCAGCAGCGCCGAGAGCUCUCAGGGCAGCUCGGGUGUCGUGCGUCUGGGCGCGGACGAGUACAGGAAGUUCCAGUUCCGCCUUCGUCAGCUCGAGGAGCUCACGGCGGAGCAGGCGAAGAAACAGGCAGACAUGGAGCAGACCAUCGAGCAGGAGGUGCAGGCAAGAACCCAGAAGGUCAUUGAGGCCAUGGAGAAGCAGAUCAGCAUGUACAAGCAGGCGAAGGAGCUGGAGUGCGAGCGGGAAGUGCAGCGACGAGUGUCGGAGCACCUGGAGAACCCGAGGCUCAGUCGCAGUGCUAGCCGUGCCAGUAUGUCGCAGAGGUCCUCGGCAUAUGGCCUGCGCCCGAGCAGCAGCGUCGGCAGCUUCCGGGACAGCUACAACAUUUCUGGCUCCAUCAAGGAGGAGGGCAACUCCCUGGAGAAGCUGCUGCACCCGCGCCGGUCGCGCAAGCGUCUGGAACAGCUGAAGGAGCGCGAGGAGGCACAGAAGCGCGAGAUGGAGCAGUUCCGGGAGUUCAUCCGCACGACCGAGAUGCGCGUCACUCAGACGCAGGGCGUGGACGGUGUGUUGACAGCGGCGCAGCUGGAGAAGGCCAAGAGCAGCCUGGAGGAGCUGGCCGACCCGCUGCUCCCGGAGUCGCUGCUGCAGUCUUCACCUUCGGACCUCAUCGAACUCAUCUGUGUGCUGCGCAAGAACGGACAGGAGCAGGAGAAGCAAAUAGAGGAGGCCAAGGGCCUCGUUACCGCCGCGAUUGAAGCGCGCGAGGACGCCGAGGCCACGGCACGUGAAGCCAUGGAGCUCACGCUCAUGCUGGACGCCAGAUUAGAGCGUGCGGCGCGCGACGAGCAGAAGUUGGUGCGGCAGGCGCGGCAGCUUUCGGCUGCCGACGAGUUCCGCCACGCGCGCGAGUCGCGCGGCUUCAGCGGCGCGUCCGACUGGCAGUCCGGCACGCCCGCGUCGACUUCGUCGCGGCUGCUUGAUUAA